AUGUCCAGCACAAAGAUCUCGGCUAUGAGCACUCGCUCUCCUACGAUGAAACGGAUAUUACGUGAGGCAGCUGAGAUCUCUAACUCACCGUCCCGAGAUUACGCAGCUCAUCCAUUAGAAACGGACCUAUUCGAAUGGCACUUUACUCUGCGCGGACCACCAAAUUCCGUCUACAGCGAAGGUGUCUACCAUGGCCGUAUUGCACUACCUCCGACGUAUCCCCUCCGCCCUCCCAUGUUUCGUUUCACCACGCCAAAUGGGCGAUUCGAAGCCAACCGCGAAAUUUGUCUCAGCAUCAGCGGCCAUCACGAAGAGACUUGGCAACCCGCAUGGGGCGUUCGCACAGCACUAGUAGCACUCCGUAGCUUCAUGGAGACAGAGGCACGUGGCCAGCUGGGAGGGUUAGAGACUACAGAUGACGUGCGCCAGCGGCUAGCAAGGGACUCUGGAGCGUGGAUUUGUGCUGUCUGCGCCAAAUCGAAUGCAGAAAUCAUCAAGGACUGCGAAGAACGCUGUCAGGGUGCCAACGCCGAGGCCUCUGAUGCCCCCGCUCCACAGGACCUGAAGAUGGUCUGGAAAGAUGAGAUGAAACCUGAAGAUGAUAGUGGAGGGGACAAGGCUACUGGAGCUCCGUCGGAAGACUUCGAACUCGCCGAAGGGUUUGUGCAAACCACACCUCAAGUUUCUGCGCUUGUGAUGGAACCUCCUGCCGCUCCGCCGGCGCGACGUCGCCAAACAUUACCAAGCCACGAUGCUCUGCAGACCGGAGCGCCUUCCCAACGACAACAGCAACAACAACAAAGCGUACCUGCUACAGCAACUAAUCACCAGAGUACCGACGAAGCAGUCCCGCUUUGGAUUGAUAGGGCCAUUGUAGUGUUAGUCGUCCUGCUCCUUGCGCUACUCAUCAAAGUGCUUUUUGGAUUGUAG